AUGACAUCCUUAAAGCGACUUCCAAGCCCUCAGUUGUACACCAUCGGGUGGAUCACCGCUCUUGACAAGGAGCUGACCGCGGCAGAGGCCGUGCUCGACGAAGAGCACCAGAAGCCGGAAAACUUCAGAAAGCACCCGAAAGACACAAACAGCUAUGUCUGGGGUCGGAUUGGGGACCACAAUGUUGUCAUCGCCUCGCUAGCCGCUGGAAAGUACGGCACUGUGUCCGCAGCGACGACAGCGUGGAGCAUGACCAGCUCUCUUCCGCAUCUUCGGUUCGGCCUCAUGGUCGGCAUUGGCGCUGGCAUCCCCAGGCUGGCUGACAACAUCGACAUCCGCCUCGGCGACGUUGUCGUUAGCCAGCCGACUGGUACCAGUCCGGGAGUCGUGCAGUACGAUCUAGGGAAGCUGGGAAACGACGGCCAGUUCACACGUGUCGGUUCUCUCGCGUCUCCGCCCGAGGUCCUUCUCAAAGGAUUGGCGGCACUGAAAGCCAAACGACGGCUCAAAGGACCUCGAACGAUAUGCUCCAGCGUCAUCCCCUACUAG